CUAAUUUUAUCGAAAAAUCUGUGAUUGGGUUAUAGCCCGAGUAGAACGCUCAUAUCGUAAUCCAUACGUCGCAUAAGAAACACGUGCGAUGUCUCAAAGUCAGCAAUUUCAUGAAUUUAAACAAAAUUUUGCAAUCGGAUACCAUAGCUUAUGGCUGACUUAAUGUUCUAUUGUGAUUUGCGACAAUAACAUGCUUCAUAACCUUAACAGCUUGAAAGCUUCUUGUAUCGUGAAUUAUUUGCCAUUCGGUGAUAUUGUCAUAGGAUAUAUUUUUAUAAUGUAAGGACCAACUGGAUUCAUCAUCAUUUUAUCGUCAUCAGUGAAAACAAUAAAAACAAUUUUGAAAUGAAAUUAGUAGGCAAAUAUGUUGAUAAGAAGGGAGAAGGAGAUAUUGUCCUUGUCCCGGAGAAUACUGAGGAUAUGUGGCACAUUUAUAAUUUAAUUGUCGAAGGAGAUUACGUUACGUGCUCUACGAUAAGGAAAGUACAACUCGAAAGUAAAACUGGAAGUUCCAAUAAUUUUAGAGUGCGAACAACGUUAACAAUAAUUGUAGAAAAUAUAGACUUUGAUACUCAAGCUUGCGUUUUAAGGAUCAAGGGGAAAAAUAUAACGGAAAAUAAAUAUGUAAAAAAUGGUGCAUAUCAUACAUUAGAUAUUGAACAAAACAGAAAAUUUACGCUUAAAAAGUCAUUGUGGGAUUCGGUGAAUUUAGAACGUAUUGACACAGCAUGUGAUCCAACACAAAAUUCCGAUAUUGCCGCUGUUGUAAUGCAAGAAGGAAUAGCGCAUGUAUGUUUAAUAUCAUCAAAUAUGACAAUAGUGCGUGCGAAAAUUGAUCAAGUCAUUCCACGUAAAAGGAAAGGUAGCGCUUCCCAACAUGAAAAGGGUUUAAAUCGCUUUUAUGAAAGUAUAAUGCAAGGGAUUUUAAAACACGUAAACUUCGAUGUUGUGAAAUGCAUUAUACUCGCAAGUCCUGGAUUUGUUAAAGAUCAGUUUAUGAACUAUAUGAUUCAGCAAGCGGUGAAAUCUGAAAAUAAGUUAAUCCUUGAAAAUAAGAGUAAAUUUAUACUCACUCAUUCAAGUUCGGGCUUCAAACAUUCAUUAAGGGAAGUAUUGACUGAACCUUCGGUAAUUUCUCUGAUAUCCGAUACAAAAGCAGCGGGUGAAGUAAAAAUUUUAGAAACCUUUUAUACGAUGCUUCAAACAGAUUCAUCGAGAGUUUUUUAUGGUAAAAAUCAUGUUUUAGCAGCGUGUAAUGCAAAGGCUAUUGAAACAUUACUCAUUUCAGAUAAACUAUUUAGGUGCCAAGAUGUUGCAUUAAGGAAAGAAUAUAUUCAUCUUGUUGAAACAGUUAAAAAGUCCAAUGGAGAUGUUAAAAUAUUUUCAAGUAUGCAUAUAUCUGGCGAACAACUGGAUCUACUCACGGGUGUGGCAGCUAUAUUACGCUUUCCUAUGCCAGAAUUGGAAGAAGAUGGUUCCAUGGAAAAUUGAUGAAAAUAAACAUAAUAAAUGUAUUCGUUUGCGGUUAGAAUAUUUGUGCUGUGCACAAUUAUAAAAUAAUAUGCAAAUACGAGUCAUAAAGUUAUUCUUCAGAUAUGAUAAAUAAUGCACACGAAGAAUUUUGUUAUUUUAUAUUAUUA